GCCUCCCAUAAAGAUCACACUCUUGCCUUGAGCUCUUGAGGGUUGACGGUAGUCAGAAGUCAAAAUGGAUAUCUAUCGAGUUGGAAACUUUAAUCAAAUGGAUUAUGACCUGGACGAAAUGGACUUGAAACACAGGAAAAUGUUGCCAUGCCAAGACGAGCGCAUUGACAGUGGAUUGGACUCAUUUAAAUCGGGCGAAUACUCUCUUAUAGAGGAAGAACUUCGAAACUUAUCCAUUGGUGAAAUAAGAACAGAAUUCAGCUGUGAACCCUGGAAACAGCAAAUAACAGAAGACGGAGACACGUUUCUACAUCUCGCCAUUAUCCACGAAGCACAAGACCAAGCCAUGGAGAUGAUCAAACAGUGCCACAAAGACCCAUUCCUAAACACACAGAACAACCAAAGACAGACGCCCCUUCACUUGGCUGUGAUCACGCAACAGCACAGGCUGGUCGAGUGUCUCCUGAAAGCCGGUUGUGAUUCACGGUUAGUGGACCACAGUGGCAACUCGGCUCUGCACAUCGCCUGCAAGAUGGGCUCCAUGACCUCCUUUGGCCUCCUCACACAACUACCACACACCAGUCACCUACGCACCAUCCUCAGCUUCCCCAAUUACAAUGGACACAAUUGCCUCCAUCUGGCCUCAAUCCACAGUUACCUCUCCAUGGUCGAGGUCCUUGUUCAAUUAGGAGCAGAUGUUAACUCAAAAGAGCAGUGCAGUGGUCGCACGGCACUCCACUUGGCUGUGGACCUCCAGAAUCUUGCGCUUGUUCACCAGCUACUCGCCCUUGGAGCAGACGUCAACAGCCUGACCUACGGAGGGUACUCGCCGUACCACUUGACGUUCGGCCGGCAAAAUGGCGAGAUUCGGCAGCAGCUACACGACAGGACAUCCCAGGACCUCCGAGAGCUGCCUGACAGCGAAAGCGAGGACAGCGAUGAGGAGCCUUUGUCUGAGGAUGAAAUGGUGUAUGACGACAUCCUUUUUGGAGGGCACAUAUCGUCGGUCCACUGAAGUAAACCUCAUCUGUUCUGCAGCCUCCCACGGGACCACAAAACGCACAAUCACAGCUCAGCUGACCACCGCCGGCUGAGGGAGAAAUAAAAUGCACAAUGGACUCAAUAAAUAAAGAAAAAAAAACUCCAAGAAAAACCUUCACCUCCCACACAUGUAUCAAGUGUAAAUA